CGCGCUUAAAUGAGCCGGGCUCCCCGCGCCCGCCGCCACUGGAGCGGGGCCCGCGCCGGGGCUGUCCCUCGCGCCCGCGCCGCUCGGCUCCGGGCCGGUCGAUGGGACGGGGCGCCGGGAGGCCGGAGGCGGCGCCCGUCGGGGGGCUGGGGCCGGCGGGGGGCGCGGGGAUGGCGCGCCGCGGGACCUGAGCGCAGCCCGCGGGGAGGCCGCCUGGUGGCCGCGAUGGGCUCGGCGCGGGGCCGCCUACCAGCCGGGCCGUGAGCGCCGGCGCCUCGCCGCCGCCCGGCCCCGCGCGCCGCCGGGAACAUGGCCCUGGAGCAGCUCGGCUCGAUCCUCAAAGUGCUGCUGAUCACGGUGCUGGUGGUGGAGGGGAUCGCCGUGGCCCAGAAGCCCCCAGAUGGACAGAACGUUGGGGUCAGGCACGUGGCUGGCACCCAGUGCGGCAUCUGGGUUCGAACCAGCAAUGGAGGCCACUUCGCUUCGCCGAGUUACCCCGACCCGUACCCGCCCAACAAGGAGUGCAUCUACGUUUUGGAAGCGGCGCCCCGGCAAAGGAUCGAGCUGGCCUUCGACGAGCACUUCUACGUCGAGCCCUCGUUCGAAUGCCGCUUUGACCACCUGGAGGUUCGCGACGGGCCCUUCGGCUUCUCUCCGCUCAUCGACCGGUUCUGCGGCGUGAAGAGCCCUCCGCUGAUCCGAUCCACGGGGCGCUUCAUGUGGGUCAAGUUCAGUUCCGACGAAGAACUGGAAGGAAUGGGAUUCCGAGCAAAGUACUCGUUUAUUCCAGAUCCAGACUUUACUUACCUCGGAGGUAUUUUAAGCCCCAUCCCAGACUGCCAGUUCGAGCUCUCGGGGGCCGACGGCGUCGUGCGGUCCAGCCAGGUGGAGCAGGAGGAGAAGACGAAGCCCGGCCAGGCGGUGGACUGCAUCUGGACCAUCCGGGCCACCCCGAGGGCCAAGAUCUACCUGCGGUUCCUGGAUUACCAGAUGGAGCAUUCCAACGAGUGCAAGAGGAACUUCGUCGCCGUCUACGACGGGAGCAGUGCGAUCGAGAACCUCAAGGCCAAGUUCUGCAGCACGGUGGCCAACGACGUCAUGCUCCAGACCGGCGUGGGGGUGAUCCGCAUGUGGGCGGACGAGGGCAGCCGGCUCAGCAGGUUCCGGAUGCUCUUCACCUCCUUCGUGGAGCCUCCCUGCACCGGCAGCACCUUCUUCUGCCACAGCAACAUGUGCAUCAACAACUCGCUGGUCUGCAACGGCGUUCAGAACUGCGCUUACCCCUGGGACGAGAAUCACUGCAAAGAGAAGAAGAGGACCGGCCUCUUCGAGCAGAUGACGCGGACCCACGGCACCAUCAUCGGCGUGGCGGCGGGCGUGGUGCUGGUGCUGCUCGUGGUGUCGGUGCUGGUGCAGGUGAAGCAGCCGCGGAAGAAGGUGCUGGCCUGCAAGGCGGCCUUCCACAAGCCGGGCUUCCAGGAGGCGUUCGACCCGCCGCACUACGAGCUGUUCUCGCUGCGCGACAAGGAGCUGGGCGAGCUGGGCGAGCUGGGCGAGGAGCUGGACGGCUACCGGCCGCUGCGCCGCGCCUCCUCCGCCUCGCGCUGCGUGCACGAGCACCACUGCGGGGCGGCGCCGGGCAAGCCGGGCAGGACCGACCUGGCGGCCGCCGUGGAGCUGCCCUUCCGCAACGACUUCGCGCCGCCGCCGCCCAUGACGACCUUCAACAGCACCUUCCCCAAGAGCCGCUGCGCCUUCCCGCCCGCGCGCCCGGGCCCAGAGCCGGCGCGCGAGGACCGCGUGAUGGAGGAGCUCCCCUGCGAGAUCUACGCGCGCGGCCGCGACGACUCCGCGCAGGCGUCCAUCUCCAUCGACUUCUAACCCCCCCACGCCCCAGCUCACCUCCACCGUCCUCGCCAGGGACCCCCCUCGCCAAGGACCCCCCUCGCCAAGGACCCACCCUCGCCAAGGGCGUGCGCACGCGGCCCCAGCGCAUCCACGUCUCCAACCUUUUCCUCCUCUCCAAGCGACCAAGACUUGCACCUCCCGGCCCCCUGUCCUAACAGUGACUUUGUUUUUUUGUGGUUUUUUUAAAAAUAUAUUUGUAUUGAUUUCAGUGAGGAAGGGAGAGGGAGAGAGAGAAACAUCAAUGAUGAGAGAAUCAUGGUUGGCUGCCUCCUGCACGCCCCCCACUGGGGAUCAAGCCUGCAACCUGGGCCUGUGCCCUUGACCUGAAUAGAACCCGGGAUCCUUCAGUCCCCGGGCCCGUGCUCUACCCACUGAGCCACAUCGGCUAGGGCGACUUUUUUUUAUAUGUAUAUUUUUAUGGAUCUCAGAGAGGAAGGGGGAGAGAGAGAGGAGCAUCAAUGACCAGAGAGAAUCCCCCACUGGGCAUGGAGCCUGCAGCCCGGGCCUGUGCCCUGGCGGGGAAUCCAACCUCAACCUGGUUCAUGGGUGGACACACAACCACUGAGCCACACUGGCCAGCGGGAAUCUGCUGUUGCUGGACACAGCUCUGUCAAGAUCUUGGUCCCACAAGAAGUUUAAAGAUAAGAUUUCUCUUCACAUUCCUUUUUUUUUUUUUUCCUCCUUUCGACUUGUUGCGUAGGCCACUCAUUUUUACCAUUUCAUUUUCUGACAUAAGUACAUGUGGUGAAAGCACCGCACACAUUUCGACAUGGGCGUCGGCCCAGGACUUUGUCCAAAUGCGGCCGUUACUGUGGCGAGUGUCAGUGAAGACCCGGAGUCAUGCUUCACCCAUCUGUCCCUUCCUGACAAUUCCUCUGUCGCCGCCUUUUAAUUUCCGGAUCCUUGGUCUUUAUUUUCUGUGAGAAGCAGAUGAAAGGGUGUCAUUUAUCGCCUGAAAGUCAUGUUUUGUCUUCGUUCUAUUAUAGUCCAAGAUUUCGCAAUUCUGCCAGUUAUGACUAAACCCUUGAAAAAGAUGAAGGCGUCUAGAAAUCCUUUGAAAUGUACCCAAUUUGGCUCCUGUGAGCACAGAGUCGCUUCCUCCCGUGGGGGAAAGGCCCAGAAUGUUCCUCCUCGCCGGAUGCGUUCCCCCUUAUGUUCAUGAAGGGACCACUUAGCUCCCUCUGUCCUAGCUCCUCUCCCAGCACAUGGUAACCGGGGCUGCACGAGCGUUCAAGGAAAACGCAGAAGCUGCAGAAGCCUUCAGACCACGUCUUUCUUGGGACAAGACAUUUUUCUAGUUCUUACCAAGAAUCACAACUCCCACCAUUUUUUUUAAAUGCACUUUGACCCGAUGGUGUUUUUUAUUUUAUGGAAUAGACGCAAUCAUUUAUAAACACGAUACAGAAACUCCUUGCGUUCGUUCAGGCUUUUUGAUAUUAUCUGAUGCUGUCCGAGCUUUCUUACGUCGAGAUCAGAGACUCCCGGGCCGGAUGCCUGUCGCUGCGCGCAUUCCCACGCGGAUGGCUCCCGGCGAGGGCCAGGUGCGCUCUGAGUCCCUGUGAAGACCUCGGUCGUCGUCCAUACCCUGUUGGUUUCCUUGCGUCAUUGCGUUUGGUUUAUGAUAAAUUUCUCGCUGUGUGAUAUUUAUUCUAAGUCACUACCCAGGCCUUGCAUUGACCUGCACAUCAUCACAUGGUUCUUCGGCCAUGCUGUUUAUGGCAUGGAGGUUUCAGAUCUUAGAUAGGCAUAGAAAGGCACCGUGUAUUGAAUUAUAACUAAUACAGACGUGCCAUUCAAACAGGACAACUUCUCAUUUCCUGGGGGGGGGGGGGGGGGGGGGCUUGUCGUAAAUUCUCAAUGAAAUGAGACAUUGAAGCUUCAUUGAUUUUGUUCAUUCUUUUAAAUAGCUAUGCUUUCUCACAUCUGUGAUCUUCAAUGAUAGCUAUGUAAUACGCUUUCACAAUAAGUCUUGUAUAUCGCUUUUUUUAAGUACAUAAUAUGAAGAAGAUAGAAAAACCUGCA